UUUGAAGGAAAUAAUUUGCAACAAAGGAGCAAUUCAAUGGAUUCUCUCUCAAGCGGCAAUGACAUUCUUUCUCCCUCAGUCAGCCGCCUGUCAAUUCUUUCAUCUGAUUCACCAUUAAAACAUGAAUUAGGAGAACCUCCCUAUUCUUAUGUCUCCAAAUUAUCUAAUGCGACCAUGCCAUUGCCAAUUAUCACAGAUGGACAGUUACAUCUUUUAUGGCCUUUGCCGCAGAAAAUUAUUCAAACAAAAGAUGACAAUUUUAUAUUAUCAGAUGACAUAACUGUCAAUGUUAUUCAUAGCCCAGAUAAUGCAUCAAUAAAAGAAGUUUUAGAUCUAUGGAAGACUUUUAUAGUGGAUGUAGAAGAAAUUGGUUACAAAUUAAAUGUUGAAAGUUUUCUUCCAACAGACUGUUUGGCAGAAAAAGUCAUCUGUCACAUUAAUUCUUCUAUAUUUACUAGACCUGAAAGUUACAGAAUUGUUAUUUCAUCCGAGCAGAUAAGACUUCUUGCUUGUGAUAUUCAAGGACUUCACAAUUCAAUCUGUACAUUUGUGCAGUUGUUAAGAUUAUAUAAAAAAGAAAAUGGUAUACCAACAAUGUGUGUAAGUCUUUUUGUAUUUUAUAAAUAACUUAUUUUAGUCACA